AGUCAGAAGUAUAAAUGAAGUCUGUGGCACACGUAGGACACACGUAUAUGUGAGAUGCGUUACAUGCUGGGAUGUUUAAGAAGGAGAGAUUCUCGAGAAUGGACACAUUCCCACUGUGCUCUCUGUGUCAGGAGCAGUUUACCCUGAAAGGCCCAGCCCCCUACUUACUGCCCUGUCUACACGCUGUGUGUGAGACGUGUGUGACGUCUGCAGCUGGUGGAGUGAUAUCAUGCUCUAUAUGUCAGAGGCAGGUCAACCUCACAGACACAAGCCUCCAGAAGGAUGCAGUCAGAGAGAAGGAAAUAUUCCACCUGACAGUCAAACAUCGCCCGACAGUGCUUCUCUGUACGCAUGAAGAUGACGGGAACCAGGCUGUGUGUUGGUGUCAGGAUUGUGAAGAGUUCCUCUGUGAAUACUGCCAGAACACUCACAAUAGCUUUAAAGCCACCAAAAAACACGGUGUCCAUACCCUGGCUGAGAUAGAGCCAUCUAAGAUGGACGGACACCCCUUCUGUAGUAUUCACAAGUAUUAUCCCCUCGAUAGGUUUGACCAAGACUGUAAGAUUUUGAUCUGUGAUAGAUGUAGGCGAGAGGAUCAUGUUUAUCACGACGUUGAAGACGUGACUGUCGUUGCUGAUGCUUCCAAGCAACAGAUAGAACAUCACGAACAAGCAAUGUCUUUGCUACAGAUUAGCCAACAGUCUCAAAUUGAAAGAAUCGGAAAAGAUAUUGAAGUCACCGAAGGCACAUGUAACACCCUGAAGAAGACAAUCAGACAAACAUUCCACUCUCUGAGGGCCCAACUUGAUGAAAAGGAGAAAGAAUGCAUUGGCGAUGUUGCAGGUCGAACAAAGCAAAUAAAGAACAACCUUCAGGAUCUGCAAUCUAGAUUUAAUGACAAUCAAACGAGAGGAAGUGGGGCCUCAGAGUACAUUAAGAAGACUCUAAAAUAUGCUUCAAAAAUAGACAUGUUGACCCUAGACAAGGUAUUAGGGGAGGAAACUCAAAACUGCAUCGACUCAGUUCCUCCUAACUACGAAACGCCUAUCCUUGCUCUCAACAUGGAGAAACUCGAUGAUUUAAAGGCAAAAAUAUCCAGUAUUGACUCCAUCAGCAAAUUGGGAUCUGCAAGUGAGGAUGGAGAGGUUAGAGGUCAGGCUAUACCCUAUGAUGCAAAGAGAAACAAAGACAAACGAGAAAUUGCUUGUCUGCAGAGUGAUGUUCAGCAGGCUCCAAAAUGUACCGGCAUUAUGGAGACCGCCGUCUCAGAUACUGCCCCAGUCACCUACCACCUGUUGGAGACGACCGCCCUGGACAAGGCUCCUAUAAUCCUACAGUGUAUCCAUCUGAAGUACGACUCUGGAGCAUUCAAUCUCGACUACGUCAACGUCAACACGGAAGGGGAGCUGGUCAACAGAAGACCAGACACCAGGCUUUCCCGGCAGGGGAGAUUGAAGACAUACUGUGGCACCUGCAGCACUGCCCCCCUCCCCCGGACUGGCUACCCGCAAUACUGGGAGAUGAUAGCGCGGCUCAGACUGAACAGCACACUUCGAGGCACUCGGUCUGUCUUGGAAACAGGCCUAUGUAGGAGGGAUGUGUUAGAUAGAAUAGAAUUAGUAGGUGGUCAGAAUCACUCCUACAGUCUGACCGUCUCCCAGUGUCCUACACAUGGAGGGAUAUGCAGGAACUUAUGGAAGAAGCGGAAGCAUGUGCUGCAUCUUCCUGUCACUCUGGCCAACAUGGAGCAAUUCAACACACUACAUUACGGUGUGGUCUAUGAUGAUGCCAGGAAGAAGAUUGCCUUCGUUGAUGUGAAGGAGAACAAACUAAUGGUGGCCUUAGACAAUGUAGACUCUAGUCAGCCCCUUUGGCCGAUGUUCGGGGUGUACAACAAAGAUGAUGUCAUCGUCAGCAUGUCACUUGUCGUUGGCCACGAUAUCAACAUGACACAGGAGAAGAAGCUAAUGAUCACCCAGGCACUGCAGGCACAGCAGCCACACACACCCUAGUAAACACAGCCACACACACCCUAGUCAACACAGCCUCAUAUACCCCAGUCAACACAUACACCCAAGUAAAAACAGCCACACACACCCUAGUCAACACAGCCACACACACCCUGGUCAGCACAUACACCCAAGUAAAAACAGCCACACACACCCUAGUCAACACAGCCACACACACCCUAGUCAACAUGACACAUAUGCCCCAGUCAGCACAUACACCCAAGUAAAAACUAUCACACACACCCUAGUCAACACAGCCACAUAUACCCUAGUCAACACAGCCACAUAUACCCCAGUCAGCACAUACACCCAAGUAAAAACAGCCACACACACCCUAGUCAACACAGCCACACACACCCUAGUCAACAUGACACAUAUGCCCCAGUCAGCACAUACACCCAAGUAAAAACUAUCACACACACCCUAGUCAACACAGCCACAUAUACCCUAGUCAACACAGCCACAUAUACCCCAGUCAGCACAUACACCCAAGUAAAAACAGCCACACACACCCUAGUCAACACAGCCACACACACCCUAGUCAACACAGCCUCAUAUACCCCAGUCAGCACAUACACCCAAGUAAAAACAGCCACACACACCCUAGUCAACACAGCCACACACACCCUAGUCAACACAGCCUCAUAUACCCCAGUCAGCACAUACACCCAAGUAAAAACAGCCACACACACCCUAGUCAACACAGCCUCAUAUACCCCAGUCAGCACAUACACCCAAGUAAAAACAGCCACACACACCCUAGUCAACACAGCCACACACACCCUAGUCAACACAGCCUCAUAUACCCCAGUCAGCACAUACACCCAAGUAAAAACAGCCACACACACCCUAGUCAACACAGCCACACACACCCUUGUCAACACAGCCACACACACCCUAGUCAACACAGCCACACACACCCUAGUCAACACAGCCACAC